AUGGAGGGGCGGCUGCCAGGACAGCACUUCACCAACGGCUUAAACGUGGCCCCCCGGUUCCCCACUGUCACCGCAGCCAUCAUGCACCACAUCCGCACAAUCUCCGACGACGUGGCCGUCAUAGACCACGCCGGAUCCGGACACCUCCAGUUCAGCUACGCGGAACUCGGCCGGCGCUCAAGACACUUGGCGCACUCCCUUCGACGCGCCGGCCUGUGCCGUGGCGACAGGGUUCCACUAGUGGUCAAGCGCGGCAUCGACAUGGUCGUCGGCAUCGUGGCUAUCCUCCGGUGCGGCGCCCAGUACGUUCCCCUCGACGGCGGUGUGGCCCCUAAGGAAACACUCCAGAGGGUCAUGGAGCAGUCCGGCGGUAAGGUCGUCGUGUGCCUUCAGUCGACAGUGCACCGGCUUGGCGAGCUCACACUCGGGGGCUCCCAAGUUGUCGUCAUCGACCAGGAAACCACCAGUAGCCAGGAUGAAGACGACCGCGACGAUACAGAGGCCGAGGAGUCCACGACGGCAGACAGCGGAUGCUAUGUAAUAUACACCUCCGGUACUACGGGGGCGCCGAAAGGAGUGGAUGUGACGCACGGCAAUGUUGCCAACUUGGUCUGCUCGCAUCCAGGCAACCUCGGAAUCCAUCAGGGGGUUCGCGUGGGGCAAGUGUUGAACGUUAGUUUUGACAUGGCCGCGUGGGAAAUUCUAGGAUGCCUCUGCAACGGUGGCACGCUGGUCUUGCGAGGGUCUGACUGGGUGGAAACACUGAACCAGAUAAACGUACUUAUCUGCACACCUUCCAUCCUCUCCCAGUAUGAGCCACAGCAGUUCCAUAAUCUCAGAACCGUCGCGACAGCCGGCGAGCCCGUCAGCCAAAAGACGGCGGAUUUAUGGGCAUCCUACCUGACCUACUACAAUUGCUGUGGGCCAACAGAGACAACGAUUGUGAACACGAUGCAAAGGCACAUCCCUGGGGAGCUACUUUCGAUUGGCAGGCCAACCCCAAACAACCGCGUCUACAUCCUGGACGAGGACCUGAACCAGGUGGCCAUCGGCCAGGCCGGCACAAUGUGGGCGGGCGGAAAGGGGGUAUCCAGGGGAUAUGUUGGCCUCCCAGAGUUAACGCGCCAGAGAUACCUCCAUGACAAGUUCGCCAAUGACAGGACGAAAAUGUACAAUACCGGCGAUAUUGGCCUCUGGAAUCCAGAUGGAACCAUCAAGAUCCAAGGGCGCUGCGACGACCAGGUAAAGAUCAAGGGUUUCCGGGUCGAGUUGGAUGGUGUUACAUCAUCCAUAUCCACGGCCGCCGGGGUCACCAAAGCCGCAACACUCAUGAUCGGCGGAGAACUUCAUGCGUUCCUUCAGCCUUGUUCCUGCGACGUUUCGGCCGUCCGCGAACACAUCGAGCCCAUUCUACCUUAUUACGCUUGUCCCGCUCACUACCAUGUUCUUGAGUCCUUCCCGUUAACACGGAAUGGCAAAGUUGACAAACCCGCCCUUCGGAAGUUGGCCGAGGAUGGCAGCGAUUCCGACUCGACAGCGGGCUCGACAGUGGGCUCAUUCGAUCACCCAACCGACUAUCCGACCAAGCCAGCUUCUACUACUACCACGGUCUCGGUGAUCCACGAGAAACCUUGCGGAGACGACGACUCCCGGAGUUCCGCCACCCUCGGGGUCUACGGCUCGGACUCAAGCGUGUCCGGACAGAAGGACGAGUUUGACCUCAACGACCCAAUUCCGGAAAAAGGGCUUCCGCAACCAUUCAGGGGUCUGCUGUACCGAAUCUUCAUCCCCUACCGCUUCCUAUUUUCCGUCGUUUGGAUGGCAAACGCUGCGGCAGUCGUUGCCGUGUAUCUGAAGGGAGGCAAUCGCGAAUGGCUCGGCAAUAUGGUCGCGGUCAACCUGGUGGUGGCCGUCCUCAUCCGCCAGGACUUUGUCAUCAACGCCUUGUACACCAUAUUCUGCUCGGUGCCAAAGUCGUGGCCCCUCUGGAUCCGCGCCCCGUGCGCCAAGAUCUACCACCUUGGCGGCGUCCACUCCAGCGCAGCCUCGUGUGCCGGUCUGUGGCUACUGGCGGCCAACAUCAACGACAUCGUCUGCCUGACAAUGGAGACUUGUCCCGACUACCCGCCGCACUCUCCCGCCUUCGUAGUCUUCUCCUGGGUGCUGACGGCCAUGUUCUUCACCAUGCUCGGCUUCGCCUGGCCGUCGUUCAGGAAGGCCAACCACAACUUCUUCGAGCGGUGGCACCGCUUCAUGGGCUGGACGAUGCUCGCGUUCUUCUGGACCCAAACCCUGAUCGGCAUCAGCGACGCCGCCCGCGAGAGCUCCACCCCGUUCGGCGCGGCCGUGGUCUCCUCGGUGCCCUUCUGGCUGCUCAUCGUGGCGACCACCAGCGUGGCCCUGUCGUGGUUCUGGCUGCGCCGCGUCCCCGUCACAUCCGAGGUGCUCUCCGACCACGCCGUGCGCCUGCACUUCGACUACACGGUUCCCGUGAACGGCAGCUUCGCGCGGCUCUCCUUCCGACCCCUCGUGGAGUGGCACUCGUUCGCGACGAUCCCUUCGCCGUCGGCGCACGGCCCUACGCACAGCCCUUCGCAGUUCCCUCGGGGGUAUUCGGUGGUGGUGUCCAACGCGGGCGACUGGACGCGGCGGUGCAUCACGCACCCGCCGCGGCACGUGUGGGUGCGCGGGGUUCCGACGUGCGGCGUGAUGCGCAUCGCGACGCUGUUCAACCGCGUCGUCGUCGUGGCCACGGGCUCGGGCAUCGGCCCUUGCCUCGGGCACCUGCAGUCGCCCAGCUGCGCCACGCAGCUCGUCUGGAGCACGCGCGACCCCGAGCGGAGCUUUGGCCCGGACAUGGUGCGCGCCCUCAGGAGGUCCAUCCCCGAUGCCGUCAUCUGGGACACCAACAAGCUUGGCCGGCCCGACAUGCUCGGGCUGAGCUACAACCUGGUGAGGCAGUUCGGGGCCGAGGCCGUCAUCGUUAUUGCCAAUGAGAAGAUCACAAAGAAGAUUGUAUAUGGGCUGGAGACGAGGGGUAUUUCUGCUUAUGGGGCUAUCUGGGACAGUUAG